UAUAUAUAAAUAUAUAUAACAAAUAUAUGUAAAGAUAUAUAGAUAUAGCUAUCGCUAUAUGUAUAUAUUCGGAAAAAUUCACACUAGAAUCCAAGCGAUUACAAAUAGAGAAACAAUACACAUUUGUUUUUUCCUGUAGGCUUUUCAGAUGUGAUUUUUGCCGUGACAGCUGCAACCCUGCUCCAUUUCCGGAAAUAUUGUUGUUGGUUUUUUUUUGUUUUUUGUGUGUGUCCGCUUAUCAAUAUCACUGCUAUUUGACAUUGGGAAAGAAAAUUGCAGACCUCGAUACGUGAAAAAUCAGGAUUCUUCAUUAUACCACCCGGAUAUCUCCAUCGCAGCAUUGGCGACAUUGUCCUGCAUCUGUGGGCUCCAUCACAUCCGCCCUGGUGUGUAUGGCUGGGCUGGCACAAGACCUUGUAGCCCGUUGUUGAGCUAAUGGGAGUGAGGAAUUCGUUAUCAAAAGGUCUUGGACCUUUCCUGCCUUCAGUUUGUUGGUGGCUUUGUCAUUACCAUUUGGAUGUACAACAUCUUAACCUAUGAUCACUCUUGGAUGACUGGACAUUCAUUUAUUUUUUUUAAAAAAGGAUUGCAAGGGAAAUUCCAGAUCAUACCUCUCUUCUAAUUAUACCUCACAGCUAUGUGGUCAUUACAACUGCUACUCUGCUUGAUGCUGUUGAUAACACUAAUUCAUGCUUUCAGCCGUGCUCCAAUUCCUAUGGCAGUUGUUAGGAGGGAACUGUCGUGUGAGAGCUACCCAAUAGAGUUGCGUUGUCCUGGGACUGAUGUUAUCAUGAUUGAAAGUGCCAACUACGGAAGAACAGAUGAUAAAAUUUGUGACUCCGACCCAGCUCAGAUGGAGAAUAUUCGGUGUUAUCUUCCAGAUGCCUAUAAGAUUAUGUCCCAGAGAUGCAAUAACCGGACACAGUGUGCAGUUGUAGCUGGACCAGAUGUGUUUCCUGACCCAUGCCCAGGAACUUACAAAUAUCUAGAAGUCCAGUAUGAGUGUGUACCUUACAUGUUUCUUUGUCCUGGAAUGCUAAUGGGAGUUUACCAGAGUGAACAUUUAUUUGAAUCUGACCACCAGUCUGGAGCCUGGUGCAAAGAUCCUUUACAAGCAUCUGAUAAAAUCUACUAUAUGCCUUGGACCCCUUAUAGAACUGAUACCUUAACAGAGUACUCUUCCAAAGAUGACUUUAUUGCUGGGCGUCCAACUACAACAUAUAAGCUUCCUCAUAGGGUAGAUGGUACAGGAUUCGUUGUGUAUGAUGGAGCACUGUUUUUUAAUAAAGAGCGUACCAGAAAUAUUGUCAAAUUUGAUCUGAGAACAAGAAUUAAAAGUGGAGAGGCCAUUAUUGCAAGUGCCAAUUAUCAUGACACCUCUCCUUAUCGUUGGGGAGGUAAAUCAGAUAUUGAUCUUGCAGUUGAUGAAAAUGGACUGUGGGUCAUCUAUGCAACAGAACAAAAUAAUGGAAAAAUAGUUAUUAGCCAACUGAAUCCUUACACAUUAAGGAUUGAAGGAACGUGGGAUACAGCAUACGAUAAACGAUCUGCAUCAAAUGCCUUCAUGAUUUGUGGAAUAUUGUAUGUGAUCAAAUCUGUUUAUGAAGAUGAUGACAAUGAAGCAACUGGGAACAAAAUUGAUUACAUUUAUAAUACUGAUCAAAAUAGUGACGCUUAUGUAGAUAUACCAUUUCCAAACUCGUAUCAAUAUAUUGCUGCUGUGGAUUAUAAUCCUCGGGAUAAUUUACUCUAUGUUUGGAACAACUAUCAUGUGGUUAAAUACUCUUUGGAUUUUGGCAUCCUGGACAGCAAAACAGGUCACAUUUCUUAUAAUGUUCCUUCUAAUCAUAUUGAUUCUAAUAUAGAAAGAUCCUCAUCUAGAGAGUUUUAUCCAUCCAGACAGUAUAAUGUAGCUAGUACAACAGCUACUACUACAACUACAACGCAUUGGAUGACUACCACGACCACAGGGAAAACAACUUCGGUGUCCAUACUGACCCGCAAGAACACAACUACAUUACCUCCCACGAUUGAAAUUCCUGCUGAUGUUACUACACAGUCCACACCAGUAUCAUCACAAUUACCGGCGGUUGGCAUUGAGAGUUGUGAGGCAGUGGAAGCCCGCGAGAUAAUGUGGUUCAAGACUCGACAAGGACAAACAGCAAAACAGCCAUGUCCUUUAGGCACAGUCGGUGUGGCAACAUACACUUGCAUCACUCCUGAUGGAAUAUGGAAUCCUCAAGGACCUGAUUUAAGCAAUUGCUCUUCUCCAUGGAUCAGUCAUAUUGGGCAGAAGCUGAAAUCACUAGAAACAGCUGCAAACAUUGCAAGAGAGCUAUCAGAGCAUACAAGAGGUCACCUAAAUGCUGGAGACAUUACAUAUUCUGUUCGUGCUAUGGAUCAACUGGUGGAUUUGCUGGAUGUUCAGCUAAGAAAUUUGACUCCAGGUGGAAAAGAUAGUGCUGCACGAAGCUUAAAUAAGCUCCAGAAGAGAGAGCGUUCAUGCAGAGCAUACGUGCAGGCAAUGGUCGAGACCGUUAACAAUCUCCUUCAGCCACAAGCUCAGAAUGCAUGGCAAGACCUGACUGAAAUGGACCAGCUGCGAGCGGCUACCAUGCUUCUUGACACGGUGGAAGAAGGAGCUUUUGUGUUGGCUGAUAAUCUCUUAAAGACAGAUAUUGUGAGAGAGAAUACAGACAAUAUUCAACUUGAAGUUGCCAGACUUAGCACGGAUGUGAGUUUGGAAGAUCUAAAAUUCCCUCAGAAUUUAGGACAUGGUAGCUCUAUUCAACUGUCUUCGAAUACUCUUAGACAAAAUGGACGGAAUGGCGAGAUAAGAGUUGCUUUUGUGUUGUACAAUAACCUGGGUCGUUACUUGUCCACGGAGAAUGCCAGCAUAAAACUAGGAAUUGAGGCAAUGACUACAAAUCAUACAGUUGUUGUCAAUUCACCUGUUAUUACUGCAGCAGUCUAUAAAGAAUCAAGUAGCAAGGUGUAUUUAACUGAACCAGUGAUGUUUACUGUUAAACAUAUUGAGCAAUCCGAAGACUACUUUAACCCUAACUGUUCUUUCUGGAGUUAUUCAAAAACCAACUUGUCGGGUCAUUGGUCAACACAAGGCUGUAGGCUAAUGACAACUAACAAAACACAUACAAAAUGUUCGUGUAAUCACUUAACCAACUUUGCAGUGCUCAUGGCUCAUGUUGCAAUUAAGAACAUCGAUGUGGUCCAUGACCUCCUUCUAGAUGUGAUUACCUGGGUUGGAAUACUUCUAUCACUUGUUUGCCUACUGAUAUGUAUUUUUACAUUCUGUUUUUUCCGUGGUCUCCAAAGUGACCGUAACACAAUUCAUAAGAAUCUUUGUAUUAGUCUGUUUGUAGCAGAACUACUAUUUCUAAUUGGAAUCAACCGUACUGAUCAACCGAUUGCAUGUGCUGUCUUUGCUGCACUACUUCAUUUUUUCUUCUUGGCGGCAUUUACCUGGAUGUUCCUCGAAGGUGUUCAGCUAUAUAUCAUGCUGGUCGAAGUCUUUGAGAGUGAAAAUUCAAAACGGAAAUACUUCUACCUGGUGGGCUAUGGAAUGCCUGCUCUUAUUGUAUCUGUAUCUGCAGCAGUAGAUUAUAAAAGUUACGGAACAGAAAAAGUGUGUUGGCUUCGACAUGAUACAUAUUUUAUUUGGAGCUUUAUAGGACCAGCAACUUUGAUAAUAAUGCUUAAUGUCAUUUUUCUUGGUAUUGCUCUAUUUAAAAUGUUUCAUCAUACUGCCAUACUGAAGCCAGAUACGGGCUGUCUUGACAAUAUCAAAUCUUGGGUUAUAGGUGCAAUAGCACUUCUCUGCCUGUUGGGACUGACCUGGGCUUUUGGACUUAUGUAUAUUAAUGAAAGUACUGUCAUCAUGGCUUAUCUGUUCACUAUUUUUAAUUGUCUUCAGGGAAUGUUCAUAUUCAUUUUCCACUGUGUACUGCAAAAGAAGGUGCGUAAAGAAUAUGGUAAAUGUUUACGAACUCAUUGCUGUAGUGGGAAAAGUAUGGAGAACUCAAUCGGAGCAACCAAAACAUCUAGUUCCCAAGCUCCUGGGAGGUAUUCCUCUGGCUCACAGAGUCGAAUCCGUAGAAUGUGGAAUGACACAGUUAGAAAGCAGUCUGAGUCUUCCUUUAUUACUGGAGAAAUAAACAGUUCAGCUUCCCUCAACAGAGGAGCCAUGGCUAACCAUCUAAUUACCAAUGCUCUGCUUCGUCCUCGUGGCACUAACAAUCCUUAUAAUACAUUGCUCGGGGAAUUGGCUGUCUAUAACAACCCUUCUGUAAGCAUAUACAAAUUACAAGAGCCCUACAGAGAGACAAAGGGACUUCUGAACAAUGCCAGGGAUACAAGUGUCAUGGAUACUCUACCACUGAAUGGUAACCAUGAGAACAGCUAUAGCAUUGCAAGAGGGGAAUAUCUUAGUGACUGUGUGAAAAUAAUUGACCGUGGCUUUAACCACAAAGAGACUGCCUUAGAAAAAAAGAUUUUGAAAGAGCUUACUUCUAACUAUAUUCCUUCUUACAUGAACAACCACGAACGCUCAUGUGAACAAAAUAGGAAUCUAGUGAAUAAGUUGAUAAAUAAUAUUAACAAUUUAAAGGAGGAUGCAAUUGUUCUUGAUGAUGCCACAUCUUUUACUAAUGAUGAGAUCAUGGGAUUAGAACUUGUACACGAGGAGUCUGACGCUCCCCUGCUACCCUCACGAGUCUAUCCUACAGAGAGCCACCAGUCUCUCCACUUUUCUAGGAGAAAGGUUCCACCAGACCACAGUGAAAGUUUUUUCCCAUUGUUAACUAAUGAGCACACUGAAGCAAUGCAAUCACCUAACAGAGAUUCUCUCUACACCAGCAUGCCUACAUUAACUGGCAUAGCUGUCACAGGAAGCGUUACCACUAGUACUCAGACCGAUUCCUCGCCAGUCAAAACUAGGGAUACAGAUGAUUUAUACUAUAAAAGCAUGCCAAAUUUGGGCACCCGAAACAACAUACAUCAGCUUCAUACUUACUAUCCAUUAGGACGGGGGAGCAGCGAUGGAUUCAUAGUUCCGCCAAGCAAAGAAGGAACUCCAACUGAAGACAAUUGCAAAGAACCAGCUCACCUUGUCACAAGUCUAUAGAACGUAAAGGGGGAAAACAAUGUUGACAAACUGUUUUAUGAUUUACUAUAAGAAAUAAUAUUGUGUGUGCUCCUAAAUCUUUAUGCUGUAAGACAUUUUUUAAACUGGCAUUUUUAGUCCUGUGUACGGGAUACCAAUGUAAUGCUCUCAGUUUUGUUUCUGUUUUUUGUCCCAAAAAGACUUCAUUAUGUUAAUGAAACAAAGAAAGUUAACGGCACUCCUUGUGGCCUUCUUUAAUUAUGCUGUUAAUUGAAAAAGGACUGUCCAACCACUAGCGUGGACAGCACUGAUUUAAAGGGUAAUGCCCACAUUCAUGGUGGAUACUGCAUUUGGCAUACAGCACCAGCUAAUAAAAUCAAAAGAUUGUAGUGCCAGACAAUGCUCUAACCUUGGCAUUGCAAGCUGACCUAUAACAGUACUGUGCCAUUGAAAUUAAAAACAUAAUUGCAUGCUAAAUUCAGCAUGCACUUAUUUUGGUGCUCACAGAAAUUAGAUCAGUGCGCCUGUAAAAUUUGAACAUUGAAAAAUUACAGUUGGAGUGCUAAAAACACAAUUGUUUGCUAUAAAUCUAAUUAUGUCUUUUGAUUGUGGUUAUAGGUUGCAAAAAUGUUCCUUUGUGGAAAUAAGACAAAAAAAUAUCCUAAAUCAACAAAAAUACAAUCUACAGAAGAUGAAAAGGAUUUUAAGAUCAUAUGCUAAUUUCAUAUAUUGUGUUUUGCUGUAUUAACCAACUAUACAAACAAAAUCAAAAAAACUAACGGCAGAAAGAUUAAAUAUUUUAUGUACUGUACAGAUACUAGCAUUGCAUAUAAUGUAUGCUUUUUGUUUUUCUGAAAUUUGCGUCCCUGUUAAUGUAGUGAAAAAUAAUAUACAUUUUUUUUCUGUUCAAGUUUUGUCUCAAGCAAGAAGCAAUGACCUAUGUUUACCAUUUACCUUUAGAUUUUAUAAGGCAAAUGUUCACUUAUUAAUAAAAAAAAGAACACAUCGAUUUUAAAUGAAAACUUACAGUAAAUCAUUGUUUCAUUUCUUUCUUAUUGCUUUCUUCUGUAUUGUAGUGUUAAAACAUAUCAGAAAUUUGAUAGUAUCCAAUGCACAGCUGAUUGAAGGUUUAAUUUUCUAACGUGGUGACAAUCUUAUGCAUUUAAAUGGUGGUUCUGCAUUGCAGUUAUUAUCUAUAGAUUGAAUGAGGGGGGGAAAAUAAUGGUGGCACAUAUACGAAUGAAAAUAACUUUGUUUCUUCACAAAUUUGUAUUUACUUAACAGAAUAAAGACAUGAGACAAAUUCACAAGCUGCAUCAAAAUCAUAUGUGCUAAAUUCAUUAUCCUGUGUAACUAAGGAAACUGUAAUGAGACAAAGGUUUUACUGCUAUACAAAUGACUAAUAACUAAUUCUAUAAAAAUGGACAGCACCUUGGAAGCUAUGAGGUUUUUUUCUAGAGUUUGCCAAUGAGAUUACAUGUUUAUGGUAAAAAAAAAACACAUUUACAUACAGUGAGGUCAAGAACAGACAAUCAUUAUGUUAUUUUAAUUACAAUAACAUUUAGUAUUGCUAUGCAGCAAACUAUAUACAAUAUUGUAGAUAGACCAAGUUGGGCCAAGUUGUAAAUUCCGUUGCAUCAAAAUACAGCUUUGAUACUAAUGUUUGAUACAUUUAUUCACACAAAAUUUUUAGUUACAAAUAGUUUGACUUC